AAAAAGCUGAUUAUUUGUUCUGAGAUUGUUUUGAUUCCUGCUGUAAUAAUGUCAGUUUUGAAGGAAGCAAUAGAAGAGAAACUUCGUGGGAAAUUGGAACCAAUCCACCUGGAAAUCGAGGAUACCUCCGGUGGCUGUGGGGCAAGUUUUAGCGUCGUGAUAGUGUCAAAAGAGUUUGCUGGAAAAGCUUUACUGCAGAGGCACCGACUAGUGAAUGAAAUACUCGCAGAGGAAAUAAAGUCCAUCCAUGCUUUCCAACAAAAGACAUUAACUCCAGAACAGUGGCAAAAACAGCAGGACAAAUAGAUGCAAUGUGAUGAUGGUCAUGUGACAUUUUUAUAUCAAGACUGUGAUACCAGUGUGACAUUCAAAUUAAUACGCCAGUAACAAUCUGCUCUGGACUCUACGGAGUUUAUUUAGUUUCAUUAUGGAACAAGAGGUUUUUAGUCUCAAUAUUCAAGUACAUGUACUUUGCGAUAGACAAUUGCUAUAUCCAGAUUAUACGAGAUAUCUUUCA